CGAGCAAGCCUAAAUCAAGCUCGGCCAUGUCGAAGGAGACGGACAGCGAUUCGGAGCCACAGCAGCUCCAGUACAAGGUGAUCAUCCUGGGAGAUGGUGCCGUGGGCAAAACUUCCAUCGCAAUGCGGCAUACGGAGGACAACUUCUCCACGACAUACAAACAAACAAUCGGCUUGGACUUUUUCCUUAAGCGCAUGGCGUUACCAGGUGACACCCAAGUGACUCUGCAGAUUUGGGACAUUGGCGGCCAAAGCAUCGGCGGCAAGAUGCUCAAGAAUUAUAUUUAUGGGGCGCAGGCUGUGCUGCUGGUGUACGACAUCACUAACUACGAGAGCUUUCAAAACUUAGAGGACUGGUAUCGUCUUGUUCGUCGCACCUUUGACGAUGAGCGCAUGCCAUACGUAGCUCUCGUCGGCAACAAGACCGAUCUGAACCACCUCCGCGCUGUCAAAGUAGCCAAGCACAAGCAGUUCACCGAAGAGAAUGACCUCAACAGCUUCUUCGUGUCGGCCAAGACAGGAGACCAGGUGAAUACGGCGUUCCGUCAAGUGGCAGCAGACUUGGCGGGUAUUUCUCUUACUAAGGCCGAGUUGGACGUGGAAGCGCCCGUGCUCAAGGCGCAGAUCGUCAACCACGAUCAACACGACCCGGACGUCAAGACGCCUGACAUCCGCAGCGCGCAGAACUCCAAGUGCAGCAUCCAGUGA